AUGUUAUUCUCGACUAAAACCUUGCUAUUAGCAGCCAGCUUCUUGAAAGCUGCGCUCGCCCACAAUAUCCAGCUUCCCGCCCACGGCCGCGAGUGCUUCCACGAGGAGCUCCACAAGGACGAUGUCAUGACCGUUACUUUCCAGACCGGCGACAGGGAGUUCGGCGGUGCCGGGAAUCUCGAUAUUGACUUCUGGAUCACGAACCCGAUGGGCCAGCACGAAACCUUCCAGAAGGCGGUUUCGAACGGCGACUUCUCGUUUACGGCUAGACACGACGGCAAAUUCCUCUACUGCUUCGGCAACGAACACUGGGGCUCCAACAGCAAGGAGGUAUCGUUCAACGUACACGGAAUAGUAUACGUGUCCGAAGGCGAUGCCCCUCAGGACCCCUUAGAGAAAGAGAUCAAGCAACUCUCCGAACUAGUCGAACAGGCAAGGGAUGAGCAAUCCUACAUCGUCGUCCGUGAACGCACCCACCGUAACACCGCCGAGAGCACAAACAGCCGAGUCAAAUGGUGGAACUUGUUCGUAAUCGGCGUGGUGGUAGGCGAGUCUCUAUUCCAGGUAUGGUGGUUACGAAGAUUCUUCGAAGUUAAACGGGUGGUAUAA